UGUGUGUGUGCUGGGGGUGUCGUGAUGUCAUCUGGCAGUGGGGAGGCUGAGCUAACGGUGGACGCACACUGCUGCAAACACAACAAUAACGUUACCGCUGCGGCCGGGACACGCAGCUCUGCCUUCGGGGGAACCAACGCGACGUCCAGGUGUGUGUCGAGUCCCCACAGUAGCAGGCUGAGAGAGGGGCAGCAGGCGAGCUAACCGACAGUGCCAGAUGCUAUUCCAGCGGAGGAGAACGGUGAUGGGCUCUCGCUUUCCGGACGGCUAAACCUCCAGCGAAAAGACGGAUAGCUCGAAGGGAGUGCGGUUCCUUCUUUGCGAGAUAUUGUCUGGAAUGCAAGCAUGGUCGUGGUCUCGGCCGUCGAGCAGCCUCUGGGCCGCAGCUCGACACACCGAGCCCGAACCUGGUGAAUAGCUAGCCUCCUGCUAGCCGCAGCUGUGCCCGAUGCUCAACGGAUCCACAGGACAACAAAAGCGGUUUAGGGCAUCUGCUCUGCGACUUAUUGUUCCGUCACUGGACUGGCUGCGAUGUGACGCUCUUUGUGCCCUUCUGUAGCGGGGAGGUUGACACCGAGGGGGCUAACGUUGCUGCAAAAUGCACAGCAGAACCACAACACUGGGCUCCUGCUGAGGGGGGCGAGGUCAAGCUGAUAACAGACCGCCCUGUGUCUCGCAUCACCCGGGGUCAACUGUAGACAAGGACCGCAACGUUUCCCAGACGUCAUCCACUCUUGAAGAUAUGGAUAAACUGACGAUCAUAUCUGGGUGCCUGUUUCUGGCAGCGGAUAUCUUUGCCAUCGCCAGUAUUGCUAACCCCGACUGGAUCAACACUGGUGAAUCAGCAGGUGCACUCACAGUGGGUCUAGUCCGACAAUGUCAGACCAUCCACGGAAGAGACCGGACCUGUAUUCCUCCUCGGCUCCCUCCGGAGUGGGUCACGACGCUUUUCUUCAUCAUCAUGGGCAUUAUCUCCCUCACGGUCACAUGCGGACUCCUAGUGGCAUCGCACUGGCGAAGGGAAGCCACCAAGUACGCACGUUGGAUCGCCUUCACUGGCAUGAUCCUGUUCUGCAUGGCUGCCCUCAUCUUCCCCAUAGGCUUCUAUAUAAACGAGGUGGGGGGUCAGCCGUACAAGCUGCCCAACAACACGGUGGUGGGCUCCUCAUACGUCCUCUUCGUGCUCUCCAUCUUCUUCACUAUAGUGGGACUGCUGUUUGCAGGGAAGGUCUGCCUCCCGGGCUGAGGGCUGCACCACGUUUGCCUCUGGACUGCCUCGAGAGGCUCUGGCGCAAAGAUGGGACUGAAACAAAAAACUGAAUCAAAACUCUGACGGAAGCCGGUGUCCGAUUACGGCGGGACGUAGAUGGCACCGUGGAGCCGAACAGUUGAACACUAGCGGAGACGGAGGAGUUAACGGCUGCUGCAGCAUCCCAGAUAUGCUGUUGUUCAGUCCAACAAAGCGCUUUAUUUGCCACUCUCAUGGCAACCGUAGGCGUAAUGCUGGCUCACACUUUAUCAAGGACCACUACAAGCCCCUCCUCACCUUGACUUCAACCCCCCCCCCCACACUGUCACCACCUCUCCUGAUGCUAUUUUCGGCCGCUCUCUUUGCUAUUUCAGUUGUGUGUCUUUUCUGUUGUACAUUGUGUUCAUAUUUCUUAAGCGCACCCCUUGUUUCUGACUGAAGAGUGUACAUGAGGUUCACGUGAAAAGUCAAGGGACGUAGAGCAGGGUUUAUCGAGAUGGUCCAGGUGCCUCCUUAUCUCCAGGUGUUUCAGAAAAGCUGUGUGAGAGCAUAGCAGAGGAGAGGAGAAUGCCACUCAAUGGAAAUCCAUGCAUCAUGUUAUUUAUCAUUACCAGAACACUCGCACAACCAAUCCAAAUCGACGCGUAACAGACUGUGAAUUAAAACUUAAAUCCUGCACACUUCCUGUCAACAUGGACGCAAUUCCUUAACAGUUUAGCCGUAGUGUUACCGUGCCAUUAAGAUGAAGAAAUGUCGCGCUCAGCAUUGAACAGUAUUGAUUGUAUAUUUGGAUGCUCACAUACGUGAAUGAUGACAAUUGGUGGGAUUCUCCUUGUUGUUUCCGGGGCAGUGAGAAAGAUGUGUCGCGGAUGAUAGCAAACGGACUGCGGGUCAGGUCCAAUCAUGGGGCUGGACCUCAGUGCUGCUCCUGAGCUCUGUGAAUGGAACGCACACGCUCGCGCUUCCACUGAGCGUCUUGAACUUAGCAGCUAGGCUACAAACGUUCACAGUAAACAAUAGUUGGAUAGUGUGAUGGGACGACUUCGAGAUUCCCUUCACUGUAGGUAUCUGGGCAUUUUAAAGCACUUAUCACGCUGAACCCUGUGUUUCCAUUCGAACCGUCCGUGUGUGUGUGCGCGCGUGAAUGUGUGCCCCCGUUUCACAGAGCUCUCUGUCCUAAAACGAUUUCCGGUCAGCGCGUCUCCCUCCCGGCCCUGCGGCGCCCUCGCCUGGGCGGCUCCAGUAUUGUGCCAUGAUUUGUUAUUCUUUUUGUUUGUUUGAUAUGUACAGACACCAACGGCAGGAUCUGUGUUUUAGGAAGCACUGUGCAUCGGACAGUAAAGCUAAAAGACAUCGUUGCACCACAAAUGUAUAAAAAGAGAAACUUCUUACCUCAUUGUUUUUUUGUUUCUGUUCAGUUUUGAAUGGUGGCAGAGUGCGCCCACUGAUUUGUCUCUUGCCUUGAUCGGACGUCUACACAUAAAGCCUAUGAUCAUAGGAAAUUAUUUAUCACUGAAUAAAGAAGAAAAUGGGUGUGUGUGUGACUGACACUCUGAUUCCUGUGGCUUCCUUCUCCCAAUUCUGCCCUAUUCAAAUGAACAUCAUGUGGCGUAGUAGAAUAUGAUGAUUCAUGUUAGAGAUUUCCCCGAGUCAUGCUCCCAGCUGCACCAUGAGGUAGAUGUUAUUGGUCACUAUUGUGCUGCUGUCCUGGCAGCACCACCAUUAUCAUGUCCGAGUGAUUCACUAAUCUUUUAAGUGGAGCUCAUCCCUGCUGACUGUAGUAGGCCGGAUGGAAAUGCACUGGAGGUUACACAGACACAGACAUGUUCGCCACAGCAUCUUCCAGUGCCUGCUUUCAAACUGGAUCACAUAGAGCUCGAUAUUUAUUUAUUAAAAAUACUGUCUCAGUUAAAAGAAGAGUCCCUUUCAUUAGAGGACGGUCACGCUUCAUCGGAUGAGGACGACCUCACUGUGACCUGGGAUGCUGAGUGCUGCUCCCAUCCAAUAUUUAGCAAAGUCACCGCAGUCUUGCCACUUUGAACCCAGUGAACUUAUUCAUGAUUUUUAUUUUGAAACAAGCAUUUCAUAUGAUGUUAAUUAAUUACCGACCGAUUAAUUUAGAUUGAUUGACAGCAGCCUUUUAUUGGGUGUAACAUUAAACCAAGGCUCAAAGAUGUCUUGUUGACAAAUGGAAAGCUAUUCAUGGAAUGAAUAACUGGAUUUCAAUAUUGUUUUGACUAAAGACACCCUAAUAUUGAGGCUAAACAAAUACAAAUAACCUUCACUCAUGUUCCAAUAAAUUAUACAAUUCAUUUUGCAAAGCAGUAUAAUAUUCGUAUCACUUCAGAAUGGACAACUCAUGUAAACUAUUAAGCUAAUUUCCCGCAUUUUAACUGUUAAUAACCGGUCAUUAUGGUGUUGUUUAGUGUGAACUGUCAGUGACCAUUUCAGGGCAAAAUAUAGUCUGGUUGAACAGGAUGCAAAAUUACAGUGUUGCUAACACAUGCAUGAAUAAGUCGAUUAUUUACCCAAUAUGUGUAACCAAUGUUCAGUUUUAUUUAUUUAUUUAAAUCUAUUACAGUCUAAUGCAAACACUGAGGAAGUUUUUGGAACAUUGAAAAAAAAAAGUCCUCUUUUUCCAUGCAUUUGAUAUUGUAUUAUUGAUUUAAAUUGUUAAUGCACAAGCCAAGUGUUUUUUAUUAUUAUCUUUUUUUAACCACAUUAUUUUUGGAUGACAUCAAUGCGCUCUUCACCAGACGCCACUCUGUAUAUGCCUGCGUGUGAUCAUCCAUGAGGGGACAAUUCAGUCCCGAUUGUCAGUAGAUGCCUAAUGGUGAGUUAUUAGACAACAGAUCAACGCUGACAGAUCCAAGCUCAGCAUCGAGGUGAGAGAUCCAUCGAGGUCAAAUAUCAGCAGUUACAACGUCAAAUAAAGCCGCUCUAAACUCCAAACUAAAGCAUCUUUAUUCCAUAAUUUGCUGCCGUCUGAAGCAUGAUAAUAUUCGGUAUUUAUGUGAAAAUGUCAGGUUUAUCCUGAAGUAAACUAACUGAAUCAUGGAGAGGAAUAAAUGCUUGAUUCUUAUAACACUCGAGUAUGUUUAUGUAACAUCCAAAAACCACGUCGAUAGGAGCAGCAUUCGAAAGUGACUCUUUAAAUUGGACCGUUCCCCUGGUAUUUUCAACACGCCGAGCUUAGAUAACAGCGACGCAGUUUACAUCCAUCACUUGUCUGGAGACAAAUCUAACAUGCCAUAAGUUGUGUGGGUGGAAGAGGCUGGUGAGAAAAAUUGGAUUGUUUCCCUCCUAUUUCCUUUUUUUUUUAACAAGCCAUACUUUCCCAUCCUGUUUCUCCCGCGUGUGCGCUGCUCCUCUGCCUGCGCUGGUAGAGACGACCGGGACCGUGUCAAUAUGGCGCCCAUCUGCUCGGGAGCUCCUGCUGACACCUGAGGAAACACUCACACGGCGCUUCCUGACCCUUAUUAUGAUGCUCGUUUUCUGAAUUAUUGAUGCGCGCGCCUGUGCUAUCAGCUUUAUUGUUCACCAAGCAGCGUCUAAUAUCUGCUCUCCCGCAGGAAUAACGGUUUAAUGGAGUGGUGAAACGCUGUUAUCAUCAUGGCUGUGAUGAUGGGAAACGCUGGCGGGGAGAGUCUAACUUUAGCAGCGUCCAGUAUCGAUCCGCGGUACCGUGGGAGGAAGCCGGAGAAGCUGAGACGACUGUUCUGUCGGGUCUGCUGCCGCGCUGAGGAGGUCGUCAUGACUUGUUUGAUGCGCUCCCAUGUUCUUUACACCAGUGGAAUCAGACCCGCAACAAUAGCCAUGUUUUACAGGGAAAACAAUAAGGACAUCAGUGAGUCAGCGAAUUGUACGACGCGUUUUUGGUGGUGUUUUAUUCAAAUAUUAAAAAUAGAGGAAUGAUUAUCAUAUUAAUAAUUACCUGGAAAGUUAUUUAGUUCUAUAUCUUAAGAUUUUUAAUAUUCUUCAAAUAUUUUUUUAAACUUCAAUUUUCAGUAGCAUCUCAUUUACUCUCCUUCAUCAUGGCUGUUUUUGGUUAUGACGUGACACUACAUGUUGUUAUUAUUAUUAGUAACUGAAAUGAAUUAAUCAACAAUAAACAUGCGCAAGUGGCAGCCCAAAUUAAAACACAAUGGAAGUAAAUAUUUGAAAAGACUCUUGACACUUAUUUCAAGUGACCCUGUUUUGCCUGUUUAAAACUGGGGCCAAAAAUGUGUGGCCCUCAUGACGUCACAUAAAAACUACACAAAAUAUUUUUCAGGUCUUUAUUUUAUUUCACACCCUGGCAAUUUUUUCUAAUCUAUUUCUAGUCAUAUUGAGAUGUUUUUCUGUUCUUAUAUUAAAUAAUCUAAUUUUGUUUAGCAUUUCAUAUUAUAAAUAUUUAAAAUAAUAAUAAUAUUCUAGCUACAAUAUUUAAGUUAAAAUUCAAGUCUCCUUUUUCUUCUGUUGUUCUGUCUUUUAGCUUCAUGGGCUAUUACAAUAGUGUGAAAGGAAAGUUUUUUUAAAGGCAUAAAAGUAUAUACAUUCUGAAAUAGAUCUGUUUUUUUAUUGUACAGUUUCCCACCAUCCCACUCUUGACCCCAAACUGGAAAAUAUUUGUCACGACCUCUGACCUGCCUCAGCCUCUGAUGCACAACAGCGCUGUUGUUAUAUCGUGUGAGAGGACUGUAUAAUAAACCUUGCGCAGGCGAAGUCGCUUCCUCCAAAAUAUACAUAGCGAUGACAAAAUAAAAGUGGGUUUAUCUUCCUCUAAGUGAACGGCAAACAGCAGCUGGCUCGUAAUGAAAGCUGGUUGACAACAACAGGAUGCACAAAUAAACGCUAACAUGUGUCACUGCCACACGAUCAACACUAGAGCUGGAAGGACAUCUGCUGCCAUUUAAAUGGACUCAGGUAGAGGCCCAGAUGUUGCUGCGCUCAGACAUCACACCACCAGAUAAUGAGGUUUAAUGCUCUCAGUGUGUCAUCGAGGAGAAUCAAAGGCGCCUUACAGGAAUUUGUUUUCCCCUUUUCCUUUUGUUUUUAACAUUAUUUUGUGACGUAAAUUAAAAAACGAUCAGUUUUCAGCUGCUUCUUUUUGUUUACAUCGCACCACCUAACUGAAAACUGCACUUUUCUAAGCAUUGAGAGAGUUUUAGUUUGAUCUGUAAAAUGCUGUGACUGACUAGUGUAAAUGGCCAAUGUUCCUCAACCAUCGGCCCCAUUCGGCACCUGCUCCUCUUCGUCACUUUCGACCCAGUUAGACAAAUUCAGCUGCAGAUGUCAGACCCUGCUUACUGCUGACUCCCUUCCCUGGCAGCGCUCUUCUGCAUGAAAGCUCCACUUAUUUGUCUGACAAUUUCAUGGUAUCAGUUCAGCCCGACUUCCUCUGUCAACGCCAGUGUUGUUGCAGCAGCGGGAGCUGGAGGACAGGCCCGAGAGUCCGGCCCGCUGACCGGUGUUUAUUUCCGUCGGCCUCGCCAUUUAUUUUCAUGAGGGUAUUAAUGUCUAUUUGGAUUUCGUCUCUCGUGUUUGGAUGAGUCACUGGGGAAUGUGUGGGUACAUGUGAGAACAGCCUGUGCUUUAGGGAGCACGCUCAGACGCAGGAGAGGAAUUCACAGUGUAUGUUUGUCUUUGAAAACACACGUCUAUAUGGUGGAGACGUCGUCUGCGGCCUGCAUAUCUUCAAACAGAUUUACAUCACACUUACCUUUUAUUCCAAAAUAAACCAGCCUGAUAGCAAGAAAGCUUCUAAACUCUUCUCCAGUUUGUCAGCAGUAAGCGUUUCUUUAAGGCGUCAGCCAUAGUGACACCUGAUUUCCACAUCCAGCACGUUACACUUAAAAGUCGCAGCUGAAAACUUCAGAGCUCAUUACUGUCAUUCUCAGUGGCAGCAGGAGGCGGAGUCAGAGGUGCGCAAAGUGCGGCCUGGGGGCCACAUGCAGCCUGCCACCUGCGUUCCUGUGGCCCUGAUGAGGUCUUAGUGAGUAUAAGUUUUUCUUCCCUACAGCUACUGAUAGUUAAAUUAGAGUCCCAAAUGAUAUUAGAUUCUAAUGUGUAACACUCAUUUUAAAAUUAUUUUUCGCUUAAAAUAAUGAAUAAAUAAAAUAUAUAAUAUUCCAAGGUACCUUCUUCUUCUUUUUCUUACCUCCUUCACCACCUCCAUCAAUCUCCUCUUUGGCCUUCCUCUCCACCUUCUGCCUGGCAGUUCCAACCUCAACAUCUUCCUACCAAUGUACUGGCUCUCUCUCCUCUGUACAUGUCCAAACCAUCUCAAUCUAGCCUCUCUGACUUUGCUUCCUGAUCCUAUCCAUCCUGCUCACUCCCAGAGAGAAGCACAGCAUCUUCAUCUCUGCUACCUCCAGCUCUGCCUCCUGUCUUUUCCUCAGUGCCACUGUUUCUAAACCAUACAACAUUGCUGGCCUGAACACCAUUUUGUACACUUUCCCUUUCAUCCUUGCCGACACCCUUUAGUCACACAUCACACCUGACUCUUUCCUCCAAUGAUUCCAUUCUGCCUGCACCCGCUUCGUCGCCUCUUUCUCACACUCUCCAUGGCCCUGGACAGUUGAGCCUCAGUACUUCAAAUCCCCCACCUUCUUUAUCUCUACAUCCUGUAACUUCACCUGUCCACUUGGCUCCCUCUCAUUCACACACAUGUAUUCCGUCUUACAUAUAAUAUUCCAAGGUAUAUACUAAGAUAUUCAGCACUUAAAUGUGUGUGUGUGUGUGUGUGUGUGUGUGUGUGUGUGUGUGUGUGUGUGUGUGAGAUUUUAAGUAAUUUUCUUCUUUUUAAAUAAUAUUUUAGGAACAAAAUUCAAAAUUUAAGUACAAUUUAAGACUGUUUUUCUUUUGGCUUGAUGGCACUUCAGCACAUAAUUUGACCCCCCCAGGAACUGUAGUCACUGAGCCCUACAGAUGGAGAGUAGUGUUUGUUGCUCAUGUUGCCUCUUUAGGUGAGUUUUUUUUAAUCAUUUUUUUUAAAUCAUUAGCAAAUAUUUGGAUGGAAGCAGGCAAGGUUGUUAAAAAUAAUUCCACUGCCAGAUGAUAAUAAUGCGCCACAUUUUUAUUUGACCAUCGACUGUUUCAUUGGCGAAAUCUGAAAUUAUGUUUCACAAACCCACCAAAUGAUCUAUAUCAUCAGCUAAAACUAGUGAAAAUAUGCUGUGUUUUUCAUCGGUUGAAGGUGAGGGACAGGUUUAUACUAAGAUCAAGAGCUAGGUUUUUGGAACAGUGAGUCAGGGAUGGGGAAAUUGAGUGAAUUAAAGUUUAAAAUAAUGAAGGAAAAGGGAAGUGAAAGUGACAUAAAUGGAAGGUGAAUAGUGCAGUGCAGGGUUAUUGUCUUGUACCAGUGAAAUGUUUACAUUUUACACACAGAAACUAGAUGAAAAGCAAAUGUUUUGAGUUACGGUUCGAAUGCAGCAGAUUACCAGAUGACAAUGAUUCCUUCUGCUAGAGCUAAAUGCUGUUUUUAUAUUCUGGAUGCUGCAGCUGUUCUGAGGACACUAUAUGAAUUUCAAAGUAGCCUCUUUCCUCGCCUUCCUCUUGGUUGAAUUCAGCUUGCUGUAUAUAUUCCGUAGACAUUAUGCAGAAUUGAUUGAUUCAGAGGAACUCCUCCGUUCUCCCUGAUAAACCAUGAAUAAAACAAACCCCUUCCAUGACUCUCUUGUUCUGCAAACAAAAGCUUUCCACGGAGAAACGCGUCAAAAGGUGUUACUCUGUUUGAGCACACUCUUCGAGACAUAUAUUCAUCAGCUCGUGCAGUGAUGGAUUGUCGGCCCCUCCUGAGUGACACGCGGCUGUUACACCCCCUGCUGCUUGGGAACUUUUCACAGAUCCGUCCUUAUUACAUGUAUUUGUUUCACAAUCUCCCGCCAAGGUUCCUGACGUGAAGCGCUUCAUCCGUCUCCUCGAACGGCGUGUCCUUGCAGACACUGUACUGCUGCUAUUUUUGUCUGAACCUUCCACUUUCCCACCCUGAGGAAUCAAACAAGAGGCGUCUAUGAGGACGAAUGAAGCCUGUGUCACUCAAAUGUUCAAAAAUGAAUCAGCCAGUUUUACACGACUUGUCUGUCAGCUGGCGCCUAUAAAGCCACAUAGAUUUCACAUCCAUUCAAUUCCAGUCGUAUUCACUUCCUUAUUUGAGGCUGUCGUUUUACGGGGGGUGACAUCCCAUAAAUCCAAGCUAAUUGCUUGUUGUUGAGAAAAUCCUCUUAGCGCAUUAGCGAGCCCGGUGGGUCUGCUUCCCAAACAAAAAAAGCUGUGGAAUAAUGUGAUUCAGACUCUUCAUUGCUCCUUUAAAAAUAAAAUAAUCAGCCAUCGCUACCUUCGCCUUUCCACGACUGCUCUGCUUAUACUGAAGACGUUCUAGGUGUAGAAGCGGUGAAGAGGUUGUCAUUGGCUGUAAAGGCCAGGCUCAGACGUGAGAGUCAGAGGAGGAGCUCAUGCAGAGAAAGAUGUUGGAGAUGCAGAUGGGAGAGAGGAAGACACCCAAUUAUGCUAAUGGAAGUUGAAGUGAAUGAGGACAUGUAGAGGACAGGCCUGACAAAAGAGGGUGAGCAGGGCAGGUUAUGGUGGAGGAGGCCGGCCCCCAGGUGCCACGAGAAAAGCUCAAGUCUGGGGUGUACUGUGAUAUGCUCAUGUAUGGUUAAAGGGCACGACCUUUGGGAGCACCACCGUAUGGUAUUUGUUGUUCUAGCCCAGUAGUCCUAUAUGGGCAGCAUGCUAGUAUGAUAGUGCUGCAGCUUUACUGCAAGACGGUCCAGUUUUAAAUAGAAUU